UGUAUGUGGUGAAAACUUCAUAACCAUAUAUGUAGAAAAGUCGAUCGUAUCUAAUUCUACAACACCACAUCUGCUUGACCAAUCCUGUGUCCCGUACGGAUAUGUAACCAGAAAUGGUAUACUUUGGAUGUAUUUUAUGACGCAGUACGACCAAUGUGGUACAUACCUUACCUCAUCCAUUGAGGAUUCCACUUACCACAAUGAGGUGACAAUUCCAUAUGCUAUUGAUCAAGCUUCUGGCACCUACCGCGGAAACAGUAAGAAGAUUGCAGUUCGAUGCCGCUUCGAAAAUAACGCCGAAUUAUCAUUAAGCUUCAUUCCCCACGAAGUGGUGAAAGUAUCCAGCAAAGAAAGUUCUGGCAAUCUUACGUUUCAACUGCAACUGUACACGGAUGAACAUUUUACACAACCAAUACCGAGAUGGAGUUAUCCAGUUACGUUAGAUAUUGGCACCAGGGUGUAUGUUGGUGCUAAAGUUGAAACGUUCUCGACAGAGAUGACACUUUUUAUCGAUUCCUGUAUUGCAUCACCAACACAGGAAACAGAUACAGAACCAAAUUUUACGUUGAUUGAUCAGCGGUGCUCAUUGGACGACCCGUCGUUAAUUUUUCAUUCCCUGGGAGUGGUCGGUGAUUCGAAAAAAAAUGUGUUGUUUUCGUUCGAUACAUUUGGGUUCGUGGGCUAUUCGACGGUAUUUCUGUACUGCAACAUGUCAGUUUGUAAUUCUACUGACUGGCGAUGCUCGUCUAACUGUAACCAGCGUAUGAAACGAAGUGCUGAUAACACGGACCUGAAACGAGACACAUACCCGGUCAUGCUAGGACCAAUAAUACUUAAACAUGAUAAUGAUGAUGUGUCUUUCAGUCGAUUAGAUAAAUCGACCAAUAAGACGAUCACAGCAGGAAAUUUCAUGAUUUUAAUUGGCCUGAUGACGUUUUUUGUGGGAUGUGUGUUGUUUGCAAGAAGCGUCAAAAGCCGUAAAAGGAGCUUGGAGUACAAACCACUGAUUGACGACGAGCAAGACAUCUAAUAGGUUGCGAUAUAGGCAUAUGCUAUAUGCUCAUUACUGAUCGUGCUUUGUCAAUUUGUUUCUCAUUAUUGAUUUAACAUUUUAAUUUAUGCUAAAUUUGAUUAUUUCUGAUGCGUGGUCAUCCUAUAGGUUACAGGUACAUAACAGCUGCCACGGACAGGGGCUGGACGGACCAAUGCAUGACAGGGUAACCACCUACCCUUCUUGAAGAAUGUACUGAUGAAUACCUGAAAUAAUUUGUGCUUUAAUAGUAAAUUAUUUAAAAUCAUUCUAUCUCACUUUAGCUUCCUUUAUCAUUUUGUUUAGAAAUUAGUAAUGCAUCUGUUCACCGCUGUAUCUUGAUUGUUUUUAUUGGUUUUUUGAUUCCAAUAUAGUUAUUUGAUGUUAAAUUUGCUUAGGCAACGACUAUAAAAUGAGGAAUUGUUUUAAUAAUAAUUACACAAUCAACUGUAAAUUGAGUUUAUCUUAAAAUAUAUUAAAUUUAAGGUUUUUCCUUUAAUAAACUAAAGGAUGAAUACCUGAUU